CCAUGCUUCUUAUCGACACGAACCAGGCACGAACAUUAGGUGGAGACUGAGUACCAAUAACAAUAGAUGGCCGCCAUAUUGGUAGUGUGAGCGGAAGUUCUCUUCAUUCUGCGGUGUUUAUUGUGACGCACUUGACUUGAGAGAUCUCAUACAUACUGCCUCUUGAUCCAUGUGAAGCCUAAGAGUUGCGUGCCACGAUCUUAGACGGAAGUUUUCAUGGUGGGCCGACAUCGAGAACAGGCGGUGAUGCUGGUAAGUCAAAGUUUUUGUUUGAUCAGUAAUCAAAUGAUACAGCUGGUAGCGUGAGAUGAUAGCUUACCUUUGUCAAGCAAUCUGCCGAAGGUUCUUAGUUGUAGUCAUACGUACUGUUCCCUUUGUAUCUGGAAACUUUACGAAUGCGUUUUUGAAACUCAAGUCGGGUUCAAAUGUCAUAUAAUGUAAUGUAACACAAUCAUUUGCACCAUUCUGAAUGCUUUGAUUCAAGUCAAUGUAUUUGACAUCACUCGAGAUCACUGCUCAAUCGUUUGGCUUUACUUUUAUAUACUCUUUUCUCAAAGUUCGAAAGGUAGCUUUUCAUAAAAGAUAUAUAAGGUUUACUACUCAUGCCGUACGGCAUAUUUUACUCGUUAAGAAUUUGUUUAAUAAUCGAUAUUGUAUUAUGAAGUUCCAGACUGCAUGUAUGUGACUCUUACUUUAUAUAUGGAUGACCAUUAUAUAGAUUUGAAUAUCGUUAAAGAGAAUUCGGUCACGUACGGAUGAAAAAGAUAUUGUAAUCUUUUCAGAGUGUUAACACAGAGCGAGAUUUAUAUGAUCGAAAUUUCCUUUGUGUUUUGAUUUGUAUAGCUCCACAUGGCCGAUUUAAAGACGUUUAACCUAACUGAUUUGAGUUUCUUUUUCUUUAAUUGUGUGCAUCUGACAAUGAAAUCGUUAAUUUCUGUGAUUUGAUUUCCAAUGAAAAUGAAAAUCUUUAAUUUCAUCAACCUCUUUCAAGAAAAAUUCAUCUGUUGAUUUUUACAAGCAUUUAGAGGAAACAUUCACUUUCUAUGAAAAAUGCAUAACAAGAAGUAAUUCUGCAUAUAGAAUAAGAGAGAUGUCAAGUUUUGAGCUCAGUAAAGAAAUAGAGAAAGAUGUUUUUCAUCUUGUCACAAGCAUGGGACAAAGAAAAAAAUUCUGUGUCCCCAUAAGGAAUUGAACCUCAGACCUUCAGAUUCCAUGCUCCAAUGCUCUACCACAGAGCCAUAGAGACUACAGUGAGUGAGGUCUAUUACGAAGUUCAUAUGACACACGUCCUGCAUACUGCUAGGGUCAGCAAUGUCAGUAACAUCAUGUUUGUAAAUAGACUAAGAGAGAAGAGUGGUGUUAAGUUUUUAAGUGCUGAGGUUUGAUUCCUCAUGGGGACUCAAAAUUUUUUCUUUGUCCCACAUUCAUGACAAGAUGAAAAACAUCUUUCCCAAAGAAGUAGUUCCAUUUUUUUAACUCAAUGAAUUGACUCUAACCGAGAAUGGUUGUAAACACAAAAUAGCACACAAAAUAAAUAGAACUGUGUAAUCCAACCCUAUGGAAUGAUCAAAUUUUAAACUCUUGAUCAGUGUGAAGUCAAUCUUUUUUUAAGAGAUAGAUGCUUUCCCAUUUUUCACUCAAUUUUUGCAGAAUUCUUUUUCAACCCUCAAAAUUAGUGAGCAUGCCCAUAUAAAUUUUGUACACUAGAUGGCAAAAAUAAUUUUGUUGUGGCUCAGCAGAGUGGCCAAUAAGUCAUAGCUGUAACCCUGGUACUAACCUCAUCUGUUGUUGUGGAGACACUGGGCCCCAUCACCAUUAACCUUUUUGCUCCCAAGAUCUCAUUAUUAACUCUCCUCACUAUGUGCUAUAUGAUUCUAUAUUGUUAGUUUGGAGAAUUUGGUAUUGGAUCUAGUAAUAAUACCCUGAUUUAUAUUUUUCCUUUUUCUCAUUACUUGUCUGUUUUAUAUUGUAGUGAUAUUGUAAGGAGAAAUUCUGUUUUGGUCACUCAUUGGAGUUAAAAUGUUGAUUACAAACAACUCAGGCCAUUUAAAUUGAGCCAGUUAAUUCUGCAUACUAAGCAGAGAAUAUUCCCAUCUCUAAUACCUAAUAAACACUAUAGGUUUUUGCACUGAACUAUAAAUAAAGAGCUUGUGAGGCUAAAAUGUAUGAUCACUGAGUGUUUUGGAAAAUUUAAUUUAACCCUUUAGCUUCUAAUUUCUCCUCGCAAUAUCAUCCCAGAAUCAAACAGUUACCAUAUUUCUUCACCUAUAAGUUGAGACCCUAAAAGUUAGAGACCUUCCAACAGACUUGUGUUGUCCAAAAAAUAAAGCAAAACCAUUGGCUAUAAGCUGAGAGUGAAAUUCUUGAUUGUAACUGGCCAUUUGAGUUAGCAAACCUCAUGGGAAACAUUGGAAAUGGCUCACUGAACACAAAAGCUAAUGAAUUACAAUAAACACAAAUGAAAAAAAUCGAGUCAGUGAAGAUGUAAAUACUACUAUGCGACUGCAGAAACACAACAAUACUCUCAGUUACAGUAACCUGACAAGCGUUUCAAUCGAUUUCAAUUUCAAUUUUUUUCAUCACUGUUAUUAAUUCUCCCAUCAUGCCAAAAGCACACUGCUCUUUAUAUACUAUGGCUUUCAAGAUAAAUGUUAUCACAGAAGCUGAAGCUGUAGAAAACCAUUCAGAGAUCACUCGAAAUUAUGGACCUAGCGAGUCCAUGGUGCGUUGCUGGAGAAGAGACCAGGCAACUAUUCUUUCUGGCAAGCUUAAAAUGUCUGCAAAACAUGCAAAAAUGGGCCAUUUCACUCCCAAGUAUCCUGAACUAGAUGAGCAAGUGAUGGAGUGGUUUUUACGGCAGAAAGACCAAAUAUUUCAUUCGUAAUGUGAAAUGAGUAGGGUUUCGUCAAGUUGAGUGAGAUGGUCUUUUAAUGCAUGGGGAGCAAAGAAUCUGAUUGGUGGUCAGAAAUAGGUUGUUGUCAUGAUGAUUUUAAAACAUGCCACGUAAAGAGCGCUGCAGUCACAGAAUUCAUGGUAAUUUUGCAUUAACAUUAAAUUUGCAAUUGUACUUGUUUUUGAAUCCCAAACCUGCGGCUAUAAGCCGAAUCCCGUUUCUUGUGAAAUAAUCUCAUACUUUUGUUUCAAAUACUGAAAAAAUGGCUUGGCUCAAGAAAUACAGUUAGGUCACAAGAAUAAAGGAAAUGAUCACCAACUAAAGAAGCUCUUGAUGGUUAAACAAAUUCUCCUUGUCAGCACCUACGGAAAUAUAUGGAGAACAGUAUGGAGAAUAUGCAUACUGAUGUUAAGGGGUAAAGGAUCAAAAUGGAAUGACAUUGCCUCAUAGCGAUUCUGGUUGUAUGCUUUGUCACUUUUAUUAGCUAUGAUUCUAUGAUGCUGCAAGCAAUCUAAGACUCCUUGUAUUCAAUCUGCUGGAUACUUCACAUAAAAAAUAAAACAUCUUUGAGAUGAAAAAUGUGUUCUGGUGAACUUGAAAGUUGGCACUAUUAGUCAUCCCUUUGCUGAAUUCUUAAUUUCUCUGGAUUAGGAUGUUUUUUAUUUGAAAAAUUUCUAGCUUUGCUGAUGUUGUCUAACAUUUGUUCUAUUUAACAAGGAAGAACUAUUGAAGCCUUUUGGUUUAGAGUUAUUCCUAAGUAAGUCUUAUAGGGGGAGCAAGUGGUUCUCCUAGCCUUGGGGGCUUUUGUCUUGCUUCUGGUGCUUGUUGACAACAGUUGCUGCAUAAAUUAUCCUGCUAGAUGGGCCCUUUGUGUAGAGUAAUUAGUGUAGCAAAAAUCUUUGACCUGAUCUGACAUAGACUUGAUUCAUGACUAGAUGACAUUGUGCAAAUUCUUAAUUCUGCAUAGUAGAAAUUUUAUUACAAGUACCUUGUCUAGUUCUUAUGUAAAUUAUUUUUAUGAAAACAUGUAUGAGUGGAUAACAUGUCUAGCAACCCAAGGAUUUGGCUGAUCAACCUUUUUUUUUUAAUUGCACAUUGUCCAUUGGCAGGCUGUUAUUUCAAGCCUUGUAUUUUAUGAAAGUCCUGCUUUCCAUAACCAUUUUUUUUUUCCUCUUUUGUUUAAUUGUGAUGUGGCAUUUAUGCAGAGUUCAAUAUUGUUACUUAAGCAACAAAUGUUGAGCUUGAAUGAGGAGAAGAAAAUGUGUCAGCUCAAGAAGCUUCUGGUUUGACUGGUUUUAGCUUUAGGGCUCCUGAAAAUAUGCUUCGAUUAUGAAAUAUUCAUGACCAUGGAAUUAAUUCAGAAACAAAACCUUGUACGUGUGCAUUUCUAAACACAUGGAAUUAUUUCAUAGUUUUCUUUGAGGUGCCCUCCACUGAGAGUCCUGUGCCUGAGUUUGCAUUGAAAAUGAGAUUAUAUAACUCACUGUUUGGAAGAAAUACCUCUCAUGUCAAGAAAUAACAAAAUGAGGUUGUAGAAUCUUUUUGUGCUAUCAUAGAAUGCUUCCAGAAGUGACAACUGUCGUUUAUAUUAUUUUUCAUCCAUGUAAAUCAGCCUUUGUGGCCCCUAGACAACAUGUUUUAAAAUAAGCUAAUUUUUCUAGAAAGAGUAACAGGAGAGAGGGCUAAUUUACAUAUUACACACCAAAAAGAUAGAAAUUACGGUUGGUAAUAUAGGAAGUGGUCGAUUGCUGAUUGAAAUACACGUAAGUGGAAAACCUCUCUACUGUUAAUUUUCAAUUUUUAUUUUCAGAUGAUACAUUUUCACUGGACAAUGAGCAAUACUUAGUAGUUCACACGUCAUCUAAAUCACCUCAUGUAGUUACUAGCCUAAAAAUUGCUAAUAUUGCCAAUAUGGAAGAGGUCUAUUUGCUGUAUGAAAUACAUGUAAAUGGAAAGCAUCUCUACUAUGACUUUUCAAUUUUUGUUUAGCUGCUACAUUUUCACUGGUCAAUGAGUAAUACUUGGUGGUUCACAUGUCAUCUAAAUCAACUAGUUUUUUAAUUUCAGUCAACUUCCUCUCUGCCCCAUAAUUGCACAGUAUAAUAUGCAGAACUUCACUAAGAUGCAUCAAACCUUAAAGUUCUUUGUUUUACACAACAAUGUAAUACAAAGGAAACAUGUAGCACUGGAUAACAAAGACACAUGAGUAUUGCAAUUUUUUUCAACUGUGUGCGCAAAAAAAUCAUAUAUACGCUACCUACUUGCAUUUCAGCAUAUGAAAUUUGUCUGCGCAGUUAACUUAUGUGUGAGGGGCACUGUAGAUUCUAUGGUCUCUACAAUAAAUUUCUAGAGUAAGGGUAAAGUAUGUAAACUUAGACUUUGUGACUAACUACAAUUUUAAAAAAUGGUUAAAUGGGCAUACAAUGGACAAAGAGAUUUGCAUGCAAAGAUAGUGGAAUUAUAGACCGAAGUAUUCUUCUGUAAAAAUUUUAUCAAGUGAUGUGCACAAGCCUAGAAUAAAGAAGUCAUUUGUAUUAUGUUUGCAAAAAUCAAUCCCAGCUUAAAACGUGGCACACAAUAGUUCAAUAUUGUUUAAAAAAAUGUCACAUUGAAUGUUUAUUUUGAGGGAGAUGGUUUUUUUUUUUUGACAUAUUUCUAAGGAAUUGAUGAUCUUAAUGUAUGAUUUUUGUCAUUUUCCCAGAAUUGUCAUUUCCAGAAUAGUUGCUUGUUUUGAGCAAUUUUGGGGGAGAUCCUUAACAAUUAGGGUGGUGGACUCUGGGUGGAAAGGUCCAUAUUCAAGACAUGGCUUAGUGAUUGUUUUGUGCUGUCGGGCAAGAAGAUUUACUCUUAUUCUGUCUCUCUCCACCCAGGAGUAUUUUUGAGUAUUAGCAAACUGUCAAGGGAACCUGAUAAAGUAGUGGUGGGGUGGGGUGGGGUGAGGGUUGACCUACAAUGGACAAGCUUACUAUCUCGGGGGAAGGGAGGAUUGCAAUACCCCUGGGCUUUUGUUGCAGUAGAAACUGGGAUAAGGUCAGGCCAGAUGUGCCACUUUGCUUAGUUGCUGGCUUCACCUUAAAUAAUUUGAUCAUUUUCUUUUUAAUUUUACAAAAAAUGGAAACUCAAUAGUAGUUUUCCACAGAUGAAAUUAGUUUUGAUAUAUGAAGUAGCCAGGGUCACUACUAAUGUGACUAGUAAUUCUAGAGAAUAUUAGUUGAUUCAGUAAAUACAGGAAGUGUGUAAAGCCAUCUGUUCAAAGUAUUCAUUACUGUCACUUUGUUGGGCAUUGUGGCGCAGUUUGCUUACUAAAGUAAGAAUUUUGGCAGCUGCAUGUGCACUUGCUUGAUUGUUCAAACUGCUUUGUUGUCAUUUGCCAAAAUGUAGCAGAAUUUAACAAAAAUGUGUUUUAUUUGACUUAUAUUGUAUUCAAAGAAAAAUAUAAUUUCACCUGAUAAAGCUAUUUCUAGUAAAUGAAAGAUAUUUUUAUUUGAUUAAAAAAAUAAUUUCACAAAUGAAAAUAAGUUCUUAUUCAGUAAAAUAUUCUCAUUUGAUAAAAAAAUAUUUUCUUUCGAUUAAAAAAUAUCCUCCUUCGAUAAAAAUGUAUAUUCAUUUGAUUAAAAAAUAUCUUCCUUCCAUAAAAAUAUAUAUUCAUUCGACGAAAACAUUUUCGAUGGCUAAAAUCACGUGGUAGGCUAAGGCCUGGUUGCUUAGUUUAAACAUGACGACGGAAGGGGAGACCGAUGAGUCGAUUGGUUGAUGUUGCGUUCGUUUUUCUCAACUGUUGCUCGUCAGCUUAGCAUGUGCAAGUGCAAUGGCUCGAAUGUUAGGUUGGAUUUUCCAGCAGCAGCAUUGUUGUUUAAUCAUUUGGAUGUGACUCUAUAGGUUUUAAAAGUACUUUAGAUGGCGUCUUAAACACGACUAGUGCUGAAGAAUUCUAAGGACUUUGUUCAUGCUUCUCUGAAAUAUACUUGUUUCGGUGGUAGAAAUAGGGAGAAAAACCACUGCUAUAGCUGAUAUGGACCCAGGUUCAGUCGCUCUCAAUGGCCUUGCAGGAAGGCCUCUUCUCCUUCUUCCUUUCUUUCUCUACCUCUAUCUAUGUCCACAAUACUUAUAGGAGAUCUCUCAGGUGAGUGGAAGUAAGACCACGACACGAUCCCCACUCUUGGGAGAUGUGCGUGUGUUCUUUUACUUCGCUAGCUAACCAGUACAGAGAAGAUGCCCAAGGUGCGGCCUUUAUAGUCCUUAUCCGAAAACACUAGAAUGUCAAACCAUCUGCGGAUAUCACAGUGAAGACUGCACAUUCUCCUCAGUUAUUUUAGAGACCCUGAGUGAUGUUCGGUCUGGGGUUUGAACCUCCUGCACGGCAGUGCGGCGAUCUGCAACAUGAGCUAACCAAGCGCGAUUCGUAAUUCUGAUCACGAUUUGUAAUUCGACAAGAACUUUUGGAAAACCUGAGAGGCCGAUAGAGUCACAUCCAAGUGAUUAACCAAAAAUACUGUCUUUUCUCUUUUGCAUAAAUACGUUUUGGACCCUUCUUAGAGUCAUUUUGACCCUCACCCUGUGGCUCAACUCUGAGUUGGGCCCCAAACAAACUCCAUUGUUUUUUCAUUUGAUAAUAGUUUUUGUAACUAGGAUUCAAAAUUGCUAUUUCGGAGAAAUGUGAUGUGGGUAGAAAUUUAGAAUGUUUCUGUGACAAUACUUUUGUAGUUCCAUCAAUGAAGGCGUGGUAAAUAAGGCAAAAAUGACAUUGAUUACGAGAAUUAAAUCGUGAAAUUAAAACUAAAAAAUCAGGUAUAAAUGAAAAAAUUCCCCAGAAUUUUGAGCUUAUCUUUUAUUUAAAAGAGAGAGUGAGAGGGAAAUUCUAAUUUUGAGAAAUGUUUACAUGAGUGCAUUAUUUUCCUUAGUAUGAAGUUGCGUGCUUAACUCUUAAAAAUAUUUCGCUGAUUCCACAAAAGAGAAGGAAAUGACAUUUUUGGAAUUCAGUUGUAAUCUUUUUCGAAAAUAUGAUUCAAGUUACUUUUUCAACAGAAUUUUCUCUGUUCAGGCUACUCUCAUUGCUUCUUGUGCACGGAUCUGGAAUCCUCUUUGAUUCAAACUUGUGUGUUGUCACGAAGAAUGCGCUGUUUUAUUGUUAAGUAUCUGUGAUACUUUUAGUACUUUUUUCUUAAAGUAAUCAUUUGCAUCCGUUAUUUAUAUUCCUGCACAGUGUAUGCUCAUAAAAAAAAACUCUUGUUGGUAUAAGAAACAGAAAUUUCAGGACAGUUACAUUAAGAGAGUAAGUUAUUAAACCGGAGUUGGGACUCGUCCCAUAUUCCGUUAUUCAAGUCCUAGGUAUAGACUUGGGGCUGGAUUCUCGCCAUCGAUAAUUUAGCUUUCCUUUUGAUUUUCUUCAAUUUCCUUCGGUGAAAUCUCUCAAAAUUUUCACAAUUUGUGAAAAUUGUCCAGCCGAUCAUUUAAAAGCCGAAACAAAUAGGGGUUUCAAAGGGAGUUUCCUAGCUAUUUGCAAUUUUGUCUUUUCUUCCUCUAUCUCAAAUAUGGUCAUAUGAAUUAUUUUAUCAACAGGCACUAGGAAGGGCACAGAUAUGUUUAACAGUCCAGCAAAGCUUAGGAAAUUCUAUUAUAGGAAACGCGAUUAAUCUUACUCGAAAGAUCCCUAUUUUCUUUGCCGCAAAACAAUAUGUAAUGGAAUGGAACUUCGCCGAGAUCGGAGUCUGAGCAUACGUCGACUUUCGAAUCUGUCGCCUUUUGGCAAUCUUCUCCACGGUGUUUUCUUUCCGGUUGACCUCUUUUUUCAGGCUUAGAAGGCCUAUGAAUAUUAAAAGUGCAAUCAUUGGAAACCCUAGAUUCCAUCACAUAAAAACUGUACUGCGUCGAACCGUUUUUAACACACCUUUUCAAAUAACAAUCGCAUGAUCGUAUCGAGCUGCCAUGCUUGUUUUGCAUGUUGACAGUUUUAAAGCUCGCACUGUGUUUGCACCUAGAUCUCGCGCGAUCAAAAUACCCUAUGGUGCUUAAUCACGCGUUACGUAUAAACCUUGUUGCAACCCUCUCCACAAAGCAGGAAGACUGAAAUAUAAAUAAUUGGCAUCAAAUGGGUCGUUGUAAACUUCAAAAGCUCUGACUAAAAUUUAGCUGUAGUAAAAUAAUUUGAGUGGUAGAAAAACAUCUGUAACAGGAAGACUCAUUUUUGGGUUUGUGUUGCAUAGUUUUAUUUCGGCUUCUGCCUACCUAUAAUAUCGCUCAGAUAGCCUCGCUUUUAUUUUAUUUUUCGAAGAGUGGAACGAAAUCUCUUGAAACCCGCGAAGGGAGUCCGCCCGACGACUUGCCGACCAAUACGGAGCGGCAAAAAUAUCUGCGGGUGGACCUCUGUUCCUUUGGAAAUGCCGGGUUUUUUGUCGCACUCUUCAAAGCCAAGGCGAGAUACAGGUGACCCUGGUCAAUUGCAAGCAAAGAAGCUUUCAUUUGAACUAUUAAAAAAGAAAAAACCGUGUCAAAUUUUCCUUCUCAGUUUCAAAGGGCUUGGCGCGUUUUUCUUGAAAAACCUGUUUCCUUACCGAGCUUGGUAAUUUAGGGGGACUGUCAAGAAACGGGCCCAUGUUUCCAUUUGUAGGAUCCGAUAGGUUUGCGCGCGACUGGUGGCAAAACUUUCGAUGCCGUUUUUAAAUACGAAAGCACCAGAGGUUUGAAACCUAGUGAUAAUUUUGAGUAUAUGGUCAUUCGAAUAUUGAGUCUGUUAUAACGAAAACAUGUUUGUCAAAAAGUAAAGCUUUAAUUAUGAAAACAUUUUCCGCGAUGCUUUUAAAGGUUUAAGAACUCUGUUUUACAGCCGAAAUUUACCUUUCUUCCAUUCGGUUUCUUCUAGUUCCCGUGCAGCCGUUCUCAGGGUCUAAUAAACCUCAAGUGUAAACUCCAUCAAUGUUGAUAGACUUCCAGGGCUUAGGCUCAGGCUCGGGCUCAGGCUCGGGCUCACUUCUAGAAAAAUAGCUCUAUUUGUAUCGAGCGGAAGAUAUUAGAGCAAUAUCUUCAGCUUCCUCGCCUCCUGGGCUCUGUCUGGGGUUUUCCCAUGUGUAUCGCGCACCAGCGGGUAUCCUUUGCACGGCCCUGUCGUUGUUUUUAUUAUUAUUUUUGUUUUUUGUGUUCGUCAGUUUUUGUUAUUAGCCGCGACGCCUUUUUCACGUUGAUUCUUUGCGCAAGUCUUUUAUUUAAGCGUGCAGUCAUCCGCUUAAGGUAAUGCUCAAAGUCAAAACCGUCAGUCGUGUAGAUUGCUGUCGUGGGAUCAAUAGCAUUGUAACGAGAGUUAUCGCAGAAUACGCUGAUUACACAGCACGGAUAUUUUGCAAAGCUAUGUCGCUCUAUUGUGUGAAAGAGAAUUACAAGAGAAUUGAAACCCUCCAGGUAACAUACUUCAAGUUUUGGUUGUUGACAGUUUUGGACAAAUUUUGCGAGAAGUGUUAUUUUCCAUCAAAGGUUGUCUCUGAAACAUUCAUCGUUCGCUGAACUCUUGUGCACUUAAUUUUCAGAGCAUGCAUGUAUUCCGAACGCAUUCGAGCUUCUUCUAAAAAAAAUAUUUUGACAUUAUUUUAGUAUUCUGUGGAGACGAAAACAAUUUCGUGUUAAACUCCGCCUUUGUUUUGCGUAUUUCUUGUCCUUCGACUCUUGUUCUUCCGUGCAUGUUCACGAGUUUUAUGCUAAGUAUCGAAAGAUUUCAGAUCUCAGCCAAGGUAAGCAAAAAAGACUGCUUCAAAUUCGUGUAUAAUUCCUCGGUAAAAAAAAAGAAAAAUUUAGACUCGUGGCGUAGAAUUCUAUCCGGUGGCGUGCGCAACUAGUUGAACGACACCUCGUCGUGUUUCACUUGAUUUUCGAAUAGUGAUAUGCAGGACAGUGUAAGCAAUCUGAAGGCUGUCUUUCGAUUCAAAAUUUUAGGAAUAGAGCUUUUUGUCUUAUUUGUUUAACUUUUGAAUAUCAAAGUAGGAACAUCUUUAGAAUCAUAGUCAUGCCCAUUCAAACAGAAAAACGCCUGUAGUCCUAAUUCAGAUAUAUUUAUUUUGUUGUGAAACUUGCAAGAGCGAGUCUUUCGCGAUUAUUUACAGAUUUUGCCCUGAUUUUGAGGUUUCGUUGUACACAUGGGUUCUACAAUUUCUUUGGCUUAAAUCUGAAAAUUGGAGUUUUCAUGGUAUUUUGGGCAGUCUCUGUUAAUUUGUUCUUUCUUUUCUAUAUUUUUCACCUGCACGCUUCUUAACUCGCACGUGUGGAGCGUGAAAUUGUCCUGAAUAGAGUAAAAUUAACAUUAUUUGUCUUGUCAAGUUUCAUAUUUGCUGACUGCAUACAAGAGAACUAACAUUUGCUACCGUGUUGUGUUUACAUCACUCGAUAAAUUUUUGUAUUUGGUUAAGUUCUGUUCGACUCUGUCCAAAAAUUCUCGAUAUCUUUCGAUAGAUUACUUAAUCUCAAUUUGUCAUUUAUUAAAUGGCAAGCUGGUUCAAAUUGUGUCUCACCGAUUCGUUUUAAUGAAAUCAAAACUUAGUCAUCGCCACUCAAAUGAGGUUGCUAAAUCUUUUGGAAGUCUGGCUAGACAUCUGCUCUCCAAGCCUGUGUUUUUAUGCAACUCUUGCUGUGACCGGAAUUUUUUUUCAUUAAUUUAUCUCAAAGUUCACGUGGUAGCAGUUUUGCAAUCGUCCGUCUUUUGAAUGUAGGUUCUCUGUCUUCUCCUCAAAUACACUUCAAAAUGCGUUUCUUUUGCGUUCGCGUACAUUAACUCUCAAAACAAGUGUUAUUUUUGCCGUUUUGGAGAAUGAUUGGCUGCAUUAUGUAAGAGUUAUGUUAUUUUCAAAAUUGUCUUUGAAUAUGUUAAGAAUUUGUUGUUUUGCUUGUUCACGAGGCCUUGUUAUUCGCUAAAUGUAGGAAGCUGUUUCCUUAAUCGCUCCUGUUUGAAUAACAAUGAAAAGGUUUCCAAGCGUUUUGCCUGUAAGCUUUAGUCGCUUAUUGUUAAAAUGUGUUAUACUCUAACAGAGUAUGCUCUAUGUAGGCACCAAUUUACUACUUUUAGCCACAAUGUCUUUGGGACAUUUUGUUUUUUGUUGUCAAUUUUUAUUUCAGAUCCGAGCCAGUUUUCAUUUUCCAGUGUUUUCGGCACAUAGCGAGAAGUCAAACCUGUUCUUAUCAAUUAUUCAUCAAGAGAAAGCUUUCAUUCGAAACAAUUGAUCAAAAAAUAAAAACGAGCUUAAAUACCGUUAUUUCCGGUCGAGAAACAAAUUAAGACUUAAUUGACACCUGUAGACUUCUUAAAUUCUGUUUUGGCUUCCUAAAGGAAAAAAAGGUCAUUUUGUAAUAGCACAGAAAAUUACAUUUCCAAACUGGUAACCAAGAGAUUUUGAAAACUGAGAGUUAUGGGAAAAAUCAACGCAGGAUAUACAGAAUCAAGAAGUUUGUCGAGACUAUUUGUGACGUACUGUAUAAGUCAUUGGGUUAAUACACUUGAACAGUGCUUAUCCGUUUUGUCAAAAUUUAGAUGAAUCUAUGUAGACAUAACGUUACAGUCACGAAUCUGUAGUCGAGUGACGGUCUCGUCUCACGCUUUGCACGAGGGAAAGGUAUUUCAGAAAUUCAUCGUUUUGUUCCGAACGACAGUUUGGAACAAAACUGAAUGCAAAUUUGUUAGAUAAAAAUUCAUUCCUUUCCGUUGUUACAGAAUGCCCGAAAUAAUUUCUUUUGCCGAACAAAAGUUUUAAGUAAACCUAUUUAAUUGUUGCUCUCCAGAGUAAGGGACUGAUUAAGCUCGCUCAUCCGGCCUGGAAACAAUUCUUCCAUUACUUUUGCAGUUCUUCUGCGUGGUACAGUGAUAAGAGUUUCUUAAACGACUUUCAAUGAAGCAAGUUUCAGAAAACGAAAUUUAUCUUGUUGACCUCUUUGCUCUUUCGAAACAUCUUCAAGUUUUAUUUUUGGUGAUCUCUGCACGAAAUCUGCAUAAAUUCCUCUCUUGUUUUAAUUUUCAUCGGUCGGAGCAAGUUAACAGGAAGUAUGAGGUCGUUUUGCGUAAAAAUUCAUUCGUCACAUUGGAAGGCUUUUCUUUUUUAACCGCGACAAGCUUUUAAGGAUUGUCGUUAGAGUCUUAACCGCUUUGUUUCCAUUACAAAUAUUGACAGCCCUUGAACAGGAAACGGUGUGCAUUUUUUUUAGUAGUAUGAAUUUAUAUGCAGGUUUUUUUUAAAAUCAUCCGCUCGUUACAGACUUUCGGCGCCAGGUAACUUUGUUUCCAGGUACGACCACGUUUUGGUACUGAAAGGAAGAACGUUUCCUUUUUUUUCGGCUCUUCAAUUGACGCCGAAAAAGGUGUUCUUGAACCGUGGCUUACUUUAACUGUUUUAACGCGUCUUUCCCUAAUUCAUGCGAAUCACUCAGUGAAUUUCGAAAGCAAAUCACGGAAUAUUUAAGUAAAUCCUAAAUGACUCGCGUAUAGUUUAUUUACAGUAACCCUCAAGGGCUUAAAUGCGAAGCUCUGAGGCACUGCCAGUGGCUUAUCCGAGUUUGUUGCUCGAAGGCGAAAGCUAGGUCUUUGAGGCGAGCAUCACUUUAGUAAUAUUUGUUCAUUUCAAAACAACCUUCCUUGAGUAAGACGACACAAAGGGAAGCAACAUUUUGUGUGUUAGAUCGAUUUCCCCGAGGACUAGUGCUCCUCCCACUUAGCCGAGCCAGCCAAUCACGUUAGAGAGCGCCCUAAUUAUCAUGUCAUGUUAUAUUGGCCUAUUUGAAACCUGUGAGAGUUCGAACAACUUUGGGUUAUCUAGCGGGUGGUUUGGUCAGCCCUGAAGCCGAAUUAAAUACUGUGAACAGCUCUGUGAAGUGUUUCCGUGCUGACAGUGUGUUCCUCUCUCCAGAUGACCACUGCUUGCGAGGAAAAAUCUACGGCGAAUUUUACUCGCGAAGUUGGAGACCAGUCUUCGGUGAGUUAGCGUUUGGGAUGUUUGUUUUCGUAUUUAUUACUGUAACAUGGUUGAAUGCGAGUUUCUCGUGUGCCUGAGGAUGACCUGUUGUGCGAGAAAUUGUUUGUUUACCUUCCUGGACAAAAUGUUAGGUCUUAUUUACUUGUUGAACUAAAACAUGUGCAAUUUGAUCGCGAUUUUGAGAGUCUCUCUGUUAGCUUUAGGGCGCCUGAGGAUGUCUAUAAAACCUCCCUUCCUUGGAUGAAUUAAAUUUGUUAUUAUUAUUUUGAUAAUCGAAUGCCGCGGGGGGAGUUCGAACACUAGUGUACAUAUCACGGUAAGGAGAACAAACUUGAUCACAGCAAUGACAUUUCAGGAUCGUGUCUCGUGUUUUUAGGCACAUGGAGAGAAGUGUGCUGGGUGCAAAGGCAGAAUUAUGGACCGAUAUCUUGUGAAGGUCAGUGGGAAGGCAUGGCAUACGGGCUGUCUUAAAUGCUGCAUGUGUGGAUUAGAGCUCGGCAAGGAGGCCACUUGCUAUACCAAGGAAGACAAGAUUUACUGCAAAACCGAUUAUGCAAGGUGCGUUUCAUUUGCGUGCUCAUUUCAAGUUUAUUUUCUAACUUUUACUCAAAAGUGCGCCUCUGCGGUUUGUGGACAGAAUUUAUACGUUGCUAGCAUCAGACAGUAACGAAUAUGUCGCGCGGAUUGGAAUUUCGGGCACAAAAUUUAAGCUUAAUUUUUCUGUUGUUAUUGUCGUUGUUGUUUUUUUUUUAUCUUAGCAAGGAAAAUGAAAAGUGGCUGGUAAAAAUAAAUUUACUAGUUUCUCUUAAUUGAUAUGGCCACAAAUUUAUCCAAAGGUGAAUAGUAAUUUGCGUCCGUCUUCUUUCUAGCGACAUUUGCAGCUUCCUUUCAAUUUUUUUUGUUACGUUGUUGUUUCCAUUAAGAAGUGUACGGAAAUUACUUUUCAUCUCUUAAUUUGAACGCUACGUUCCUGUGCCGGUUUAAGUAUGAAAUCUAGAAGUAUUUCAGGCUGCCAAGUUUCCUGUAUUCUACCAAAACGCCUAGGAACACUGGAAAUGAUCUAGACUGAACCAGUCUGAAAGAUGAUUUCCGAUAAGAAAGCCUUAAGGAGGCAUUUUAUCAAACUCGUUCAUUUAGUUUUGACGUUUGAUUUACGGACGGCUUAGGCGAGGACUUGUUGGACCGUUAAACAAUCAAAUAUAACAAAGGUCCCCUUUUGGUUUAUAAGGCUGUACUAAGUAAAACCAAGGUCUCCGGUUGCGGGACAUUGCAUUAACCAUACCACAGUUAAAGUCUUUUAUGUAACCAGCAGAUUAUUUCUUAAUCCUCUCUUGCACGGUAUCUUUAACGAAACCAUUUUUAAGUGGCUUGAAUGAAUGGUGCUGGGAAUGGUUCCAACUACAUCGAAUUUAACUUCUCUAAAUUUUUUUUUUGGUUUUUAGUUUGGACUAAGGUAUUUCGUUGUUGUGUUAGAGAAGCUUUUAAAGUGUGCAGAAAGGGCGAUUCAUUCUUUAAUGCGACGUUAGGACCGUCGGUUUAUUGUCGACGAAGCGACCACCUCUAAAGACAAAGUGACCGCAUAAAUAAUGCGUUUGAUCCGUUUUAGCGACUUCGCCAAGUUCAGUGAAAACUGAGUUUCCGAUUUUGCGCGUUUUUCUUCACCAACGUGCGCGUAUUUCUCCACACGUUUGUGUUCCUGUUUAGCUUAACUCUCAGCUGAUCUAUUUUCCGUGGUUUAGCCGAAUGAGAAUUUCCUGGCCGAAAGGCAAAGGUGAUUUAGAAACACCUGCCUCCUACGUGUAAAUGUAAACAUAGCGAACUAUGUUUAAAAUGCAAACUUGCAAAUUAUUUUUCACACCACACAUCAGUGACCUUAUUUGUGUUUCAAAGUGGUGAGACUCGCUUCUUACAGCUUUGAAACCUGGCUUGGAAGACGCUUUUGUCGGGCUGUUCGAGUGUAGAUUUGUAAUAAAUAGUCCCAUUUUCAAUUGGAUUGGAAAUUGGUAUUGAGUGUCCUACGUAUAAUUAUGUCUACAAAAAAUAAAAGAUUUAAAAAAUAUUUUGAAAUGCGAUCACCUCAAUUUUCAAUUGGCUUACUUCAUUUGGUUUCGUUCAAAACUGUUUAAUCGGUGCGCGGUUUAGUUUGUGUCGGUGUAAAACAACGUUUCACUUAUUCCGACUCGUGAUCUGGUACUUAAGAUUUCUGGGCAGGAAUAUCCAGAAAACAGUUAUGAAAAUGAUAAUCAUAAUGAAGUCAAUCGAAACAAAACGCGUUCUUAUAAAAAGAAAGGUAACGGUAAUUUAAACGUAGCAGAUGCGAAGCUUUUUGAAACUAUAGGGUACGGUUUUCGUAACCCUUCAAAAAUGUUCAUUGCGCGGCUGGUUUAAUUUUACUAUUAAUGUGACUUAGGAUAAUAUUUGCCCUUUUAACAUAAAUGAAAAAUUUAAAUGAAGCUAAUUCAAAUAGUUCUUACUUCGAUUUGGAUCCCAUAGCGAUGAAUGCAGAGUUAAGGAACGGUUUCGCAAUAGCCUUUUUUUUACGCUUAUGUUUAAUAAUUGUUAUUUAUCCUGUACUUAUACACUACAAACUCUUGUUUGAAGUAUCUUUGUGUAUGUGGUUAUUACCCGCCUCGUGUGUUUGUCUGUUCACUUAUGUUGCCAUGAAAGUCUGUCGUUAGAAGCCAUGCCUAAGUGUGUUUUCAGUGGUUUGUCUAAAACUAAGCUGAUUUUUUCGGUCAUUGUCUGAUUAUCGCACUUUAUCUAUAUGUCAAUAUUGCGACAACUUAGAGAACUACUUGCAUGUUAGAACGUAACUGAAUACAAACGAUUUCUUUCACUCGGAAAAGCAGAACUUUUUCGCCACCCUUUCCAGCCCAUUUUGCAAUAAGUCGUGGUAUUAUCCGCGGGAAUAUUCGUUAUCGCUUGUAUCUUGUUGCUGGUAAACAUGCACUAAAAUCGUGCUCAUUCUCUUGUCUUCAUAACACUAGAAAAGUGAGGAAAUUUGUUUCAAACAAAAGAAAGAGAGCUUCUCCCCUCCCCAUCCAGCCCUCUCUUCACUAAAUCGCGAUUUUUUUUUGCGUAUUCUUAUUAAUCCUGGCUAUUAUUUUACGAUCUACAGGCAGUUUGGCACUAAAUGUGCCCGAUGCGGACGAAGUAUCCACGCAAAUGACUGGGUGAGACGCGCGCGGAGCAGCGUCUACCACCUCGCGUGUUUCGCGUGCGACGCUUGCAAGCGACAACUUUCUACAGGCGAAGAGUUCGCGUUAAAAGAAGGACAUGUUCUUUGUAAAUUACAUUACAUGGAGAGUUUGGAAGUUUUCCCUCCCGAUAACUCCUCGCAAGAUGGUAAGUCUUUGUAGUUUUAGUCUAACCGUAUCCUGUUGACAAUUUUGUUCGUGUGUGUUAAACCAACGCCCAACGCGCAAGCGAAAUAAGAACUGUAAGCGAAGCAAAGAGCGCGAAUGUAAGAGGAGCACUCACGCUUUACGCGUCCUCUCGCGCGCUUAGCUUACAAAAUACAAAAACACACCAAUAAAACGGCUUAGAAUAGGCUAAGCGAAAAGUUCUUCUAGAAACGAGAUUUCGUUAUGAAUUCAUUUUUAUUCAGUAUCGAUGUGUGUGAAACAGAGUUUGCCAAGGGAAUAUGGAGUUGUUAUUCGUGUUUCGAAAAAAAGAAACAUUUCAAGGUACGCAGAAGAGACGAUAAAAGCCAGAUUUUCCUCUUAAACAGAUAUAAACGGAAAGAAAGAUAAGACGAACGUCAGAUGAGAAAUAUUGGCCAAACAGCUGAUAAACUGUUAAAUAUCUCUAUUUGUCGAUGUGUUCUGCUCUCUAAACUGCUUUUCAGCCUUUCCGUAAUAUAACUUUAAGAAUUCGCCUUUAGAACAGAAUUGCAAAGUUUCAUUUGUGUUUUUGCUUAAAUAUGCAACUGUUAAAGGAGUCUCCUUUACAAGAUUGCGCAUAAUUUUGUUUUGUCAUAAUACAGUGUAAUCAAUGAUCUCCGACUUCGCCUGUCUGGGUUUGUUUUAUUUCUCGGUGUCUGUAGACAAGUUGCGUUUCAAUAGAGAAUUUUCAGGCUUUCUUUACAAUUCAUUAUUAUAAGAUUUUUCGUUUAUGCGAUGUUAGUAGCAGAAAUUGAUAUUAAUACGCACUGCAUUAAGACCCGCCUGUAAAUUAACCUGUUUCGGAAAGGAAAAGGAGGAAAACUCAAACGUGUGAAAAAGAAACCGCUAUACGCAUAACUUUUGUUUUAGUUUCCUCCUCUUUUGAGUUAAAUCCCCUAAAACGUAAACAAUUUUAAGCGGUUGUCUCAAAGAGAAUGUUCCAGGAAACAACGGAAAUUUAUUGACACGUCUCGCUUUUCGAGUCAAAGGUAGGUUUGUUUUAACAUUACAAAAGCGCGUUUUAGCGGAGCCGCAAAACAAAAUGUGUUCAGAGGUGCGACAUUGAAUUCUUUUUUGUUGAGUUUCUCAGAAAGAGUAAUUACCGUACAUUUAUAAUUUAUGGAGGUUACGGAGGUUUUUUUCUUUUUCCGCGGUCUCUUUUCAACGACGCACAAAGCGUCCAGAAAGCAGCUGCUCGAUUGAGUAUUUACAAAUGACGCUUGAAUGAGAAAAAUUGUUUUGACGAGCAACUUAUUUUCACGUCGCUCAGAAUUACACACAGAACCAUAAUGCGACAGUCUGCUAGGAUCUAUAUUCACCGUAGAAAUUUGACUCUUUGAAGAUCUUCAGCUUUGCUCGUGGCAACGGAAAAAUCGGCCAUUUGCGGAUGUCAGGCUCUGUCAGUUUGCGUUGGAUCGUUAAGCUGAAAUGAGAAUUUGAAAUGUUGAGGCUGCAAUUUAACGUGAUGAAUGUAACCAGUUUGAAUUGAAAAGACUGUAUUGAUGACAGAGAAAGGCUUGUCCUGUGAAAAAUAUUGAGUUUUUCAUAUACGAUUUUUAUUAAAAAAAUUGUUAUUUGCAAAUUCUUUUCAAUUUUUUACUUAUAUAUCUAGGACUGUUCUAACAAAGGAACGAGUUUCCUUACCUGUGAAAAUAUAGUAAUUUGGAGACUUUUCAUUCAGUAAGGAAGUUUAAAUUUAACAAAUUUUUUUUAGUGAGUUAGUUAUCCAGUCAUAUAGGUGACAAAUGACGUCAAAAUGAAGUAAUCACAAAAAAGUCGCCCAUUGAACGUGAAGAGUGUGUCACUGACUGACGAAACACGCUUUUUUCUUCUUUUUUUCUUGUUUUUCGUUAACUCUUCGUUUGAACUCUCUUGAAGGCUAUCUCUUGCUUAGUCCAAAUAACUUCGCAAAAAUAGAGGGAAAAAUUGCUUUUAAGUCGGCUGUUCGGAUUCAGUUUUGAGAUCACAAGUAACGACCCACUCUCAUAAUGUAACCCAGUUCAUUGUAUGUAAGAGUGAAAAACUUUAGAUUCUUGCAUCAAUUCGAGUACUAGACUUCAAGAGUUUUUGUCAAAAUACGGAGAGAAAUUAUACCUCAAGAAGCUUGGUUAUGCUCUCUCCGACCCAGAAGUUUACGCAAUUAUUGUUAUCAGACGUUUUUGAAAAAUUGGUAAAUUGUCGUGUCUUAAUUUGGCACUUCGCUGCUUUCGCAAAACGUCAGAUGCUCAUGCUGACAGCUAUUGCGUUUUCCCGCCAAAUUAUCGGCGGUUGGCGCGCCCCCCGAAUUCGUAGUCGUAUAUAUCUUAGAAUUUUAAGGUCACUUGAAAAUUGUUGCCAUGGUGCUAAGACCUGUAUUUGUAUCCCUCCUUAGUUGCUCUUUCUUACUGCACUCAAAGUGAUGGAGGGAUUGAAGACAUGGUGCAAGGUGAUUUGUGUAGUUUGAAUUCUAAGCCGACUUUGGCUGAUAGUAAAUUGUCUUUUCUUGUCAGCGCGCAGACAAAUUGUUAACGCAAAAUUUACGGUGCUGUAAACCUUUGUUAGUACAAACUGUAGUCAAUCCCUCCUAAUCACGUGAAUACGUUUCAUCCGACCACGUAAUGAUAGAUCCAUACAUAGUAAUCCACAACGGAUUCAGGUCCAUCUGUCACUCCUGUGUUUCAAUUUUUUUUUCCACGAUCGAGAAUUUGUGAUUUAUGAGAGAAAGAGUUUGUAUCAUGUUGAAAAAGAAGUCCCUCUACCUCUCCCCAUGAUAAAAAGACGAAAAACGUAUUUGUAUGGCAAACUGAGAAGGUAGCACUAUUAGCAUGUCAAUCCUUACGCUUAGAGAGAUUGACUGCAGUUUGUUCUCAAAGCAUGGAAAUUUGUAUCACUAGAAUUCCAGCUUGCAAGCAGGCUAUCAUUGCUAUCGCUGCAGGACGAACGUUUUCCGCCCGCGGAAAGACUUGAAGACCUCUCGUUGGCUGGCGUUGCCCAAGGCAACUUACUUGCGGGCGAACGAACGCUUAUACUUAAGGUUACUUCCCACCUUCAGAGGCCGAAAAAAUAAAUUUUUCUUUUAUUUGAUUACACUGAAUUCAAAUAUUCAACCUAACGUUUCCAUGAAAAAGUUUUAUAAAAGCCCCCGAGGUAUUUAGAAAAAUGCAUUUUCAAUUAAAAGUCAAUAAAUCAGGAAGGAGUCAUUACCACGGACCUGAGCGAAACCCCCUGGGGGAAUUUUCGCGGCAACCGCUCACGUUGGGGCUCGAUUUUCAUGCUCUUUCCAUAUUUUGUUUACAUCGCGUACUUUAAAAAAUUCGCACGUGAAGCUCUCUGUUUACAAAAAAAUCUUUGCUCAUGGAAAAAUCAAAAGCGGAAGAAAGUUAUUUGUAAAAAAAAAAGGAAAAAGGGAAAAAAAAAACAGGCCUAAGGAAGAAAGGAUAGGUACCAUUCUGUCGAGAAAUUAAUAAAAAAUUCCUUUGUGAAAGCGACUGGAACUGGCGGAAAGAACUCGCUGUCAAACUGAACUUUGCUACAAAUAAUGUUAAAAACUAGGUUCUCUUUUCUUUAUGCAAGUACCAGCCUUGUUACAAAAACACUAACAAUCGCCUCAAAUCGUAAUUUUGAAAGCUAUGUCAAUUCGCUGUCUUGUUCCUCAGCACAUUUACCGGUUUUUCCAUUUUUGCCGCGGGUUUUUCCUUUGCCUCUGGCAACUUUACUCAUCAUUGUGUCGUCCUCCUCAACGCUCCACUGAGCGAACGAGAUAACAAUAAAAAAAGGGUGUCUGCAAUGGGUUAUUUUUCUCGGGAAAUCUUGAUCCAUCGUCAUUGACGCCAGGAGGUCCCGUUUCCUACUGGUUUUUCGUUUUCAGGAGGCGAGAUAAUCUCCUGGUGUGAGUUUUUUGCGAACCUCCAUGAGCUAAAAUCUCGUAUUAGAUUUUGUGAGGAAUACAACCACUUUGAGCGAAUUCAUAGGGUAUGUAGAUUUUACCGAUUUUCGUUAAAUUUCGCCAAAACAUUCUAGGAAUAAUGACAAACGAAAGCGUGUCGGUUGUUUGCUGCUGGUUUCUCAUUUGAAGGUGAAGAGUUUUAGACAAAAAACCACCACCAUUCCUUAGUUUGGUGUUUUUCAAACCUAGGCGUUUGUGCCUUUGAACCUUGUUUGUUUCCUUCAUUGAUGAUGACAAUGUGGUUUUUUAUAUCUUUUAUCAGACGCAGACAGCGAAGAUUCACCUUCCAGCGGCGGAAUUCUAAAAUGUCAUAAAACCAAACGAGUACGAACCACAUUUACCGAGGAACAACUACAAAUCCUUCAAGCGAACUUCAACAUCGACUCUAAUCCGGACGGGCAGGACCUGGAACGAAUCGCACAGUUGACUGGGCUUAGUAAGAGAGUAACACAAGUUUGGUUUCAAAACUCGCGCGCGAGACAGAAAAAAUACGGUACACCUUUGUUCUCUUCCAGCCCGAGAACAUCAAGCGCGGCCAGCUUUUGAUUCUGGUGAGGUGAGUUUCAACUAAUUUAGAAAAGUCCUCUUUUUGGAAUCUUAACGUGAGCGCACAAGCUAUGUCGUAUUUGCUUUGUUAAUUUUUUCUGACCAAUUCCCUUAUUUCUGCGAAGAAAUCUCAUCAAUGAUACUUCUCAAGGUAAUCUUGCUUGAGGAGAAGUUCCCUCUAAAACUUCCUGUGUACUUGUCAACACAAACAAAUUUUGUCCUUCUGAAGUUUUCUUCAAAAUACCUCAUUGCUAAAAAAGUUGGCAAUUCAGAUAUUGGACUCGUGGACUUCUCAAAGUAUUUAUCAACAGUAGCAAAUUAGUCCUUCUGAAGUUUUCUUCGAAUACCUCCUCGCUUAAAAAGUAGGUAGUUCAGAUGUUGGACACAUGGACUUCCCAAAGGAAAACUUGCCAUUGGAGAAGAUCCGUCUGCCGAUUUAUAGGGCGUUUUGCUUUCAAGCAAGGUUAACUUCUUUUACAAAGGCAUACGUGAAGUAAAUUAAUCUCUUUAAGCCGGUUAGACUCCGGGAUCUUACACUGAGUUCUGGGUAGAACUUGGGAAAAACGAAAUAGCUCCGCAAAUAUUAACCAAGAGAGAGAGAGCGGUUUACUUUUGUGGCUAACUGACUCAGUUGCUUCUAGCUAGACCCACUUUACAUGUCCUUCGUCUUUUCCUAGCUGACUUUUAGCUUGUUGGCUUAAAAGCUCUGAAUUACGUAUUUGUAACUUGACACACGGUGCUUUUUCGUAGAUCCUCAAGGUGUUUUAUUUUAGGUGUGAUAAUUCGUUUCUGUGCUGUGGUGUACAGCGAAUUGCAAAGAUUUCCAGGUUUUUUUUGUCUUACUUCUGUUAUUUUUACUUUUUUUAUAUUGUAGAUUUUAAGGAAUUCAAAUACUCGUGCCAUCAGAAGUAAUUGCAGCAGCCAGCUAGAUGCGUUUGAAAGGGAUCAGUAGAAAUCGGACAAAAAUGAAAACACGCCAUUACCAGAGUUUCCAGCCCUUGUCACUUUUGAGCUGUGUGUGUCUUCACAGUUGGAGAAGUUAUUUUGAAAAAGAGAGGACUUUAAUCCAAUGAGUGACCGAGAGAACUGUGGUCGUUUCAGAAAUAUUGAUUUUAAAAAUCUCUUAUUUUCCGAGGAGAAUAUUUACUAAAAACUAAGAAGCGUUUGAAUUCAGAACCACUUUUAACCCUUUAGAAGGAAUACAGUAGGAAAUGCAUCGCUGCCUUAAUGUUAAUGUCUGUAGUAAGUCUUUAACUCCGACGGUAAAAACUGCACUGUUACGUAGGACUUCAGUCAAAACAGUAGACAGGAAUCGCUCAGUGAACUCUUUACACUAUCAGAGUAAAUUUCUCUAUUAGAAGAGCGGCUAUUAUUUAUCGCCCAGAAAAAAAGGGGGGGCUGGGUCGGAGGAUUUUAAUUGUGUCACGAUAAACCCAAUUCCCCCGUUAGACUCUGUAGGAUUCUAACGAUUCCCCCUCGUUGAUAGUCAAUUUUCUCCAGGCCCCUUCUUACUCUGUCAGCGACGGUUGAUUCCCCCUCCAUUUCUCCUGAAAAUCAUGUGAUAUACCCAAAAUCCCCCGACACCCCCCCCCCCUCCUGCUUCCUCCAGCGAUAAAUAAUGGCUGUUCCAAGGCAAUAUCAACCAGAACAGGACUGGUCCGUGUUCUCUCGCAAGAAACUCCGCCACUAAAAUGUUGUAAUAUAUUGGCAUAAAGGAAAAACAAAUAAUAUUUAACUUCUUAUACGAGAAAAGAAUGUGCAGUAUAUAUGAGGUCGUAGCUAUGUGUAAAUUUUGUCCAUAGAAUAUGAACACUCCUCCCAGAAGAGGUCAAAGCUGUGCACUUGGUGCGUCCGCAAGUUGCU